AUGACAAAAGGUAAUUUAGUAAUUGAAGAUUUAUGGCACAGAGAAGAAUUUGAUUUAGAUCUUGAAUUGUUUAAAGAAGAUUGUGUCAAUGGUGUUAGAGGCAUCAUUGGUAAUUCUGUGGGCAGUAAAAGGUUUGGAGAAUACAAAGACAAAGAAGAACUUGAGAAAUUGACUACUAGAUAA